CGACCGUCGCACAUUCUUAUUGCUGUUCGUCUCUCUCUCUCUCCUCCCUGGCUACCUAGUCCUUUACUGAUCAUGUCGACCAUCAGUCGCACCCUUUGUGCCUCUGCCACCCGCUCUCUUCGCCAAAAAGCUCCCUCGCUGAGCUCCUUGAAAGCUCUGCGUCCUCUCGCCGCUGUCGCGCCUCGUGUGCCAAUUGCCCCUCGCACCUCCAUCGCCAGCUUUUCCACCACAAUGCCCACCAAGGCCGACAACGCGAGCGCCGUGCCCGCGAGCGCCAAUGAAUUCGACAAGGAAAUCGUCGACAUGGCGAGCUAUGUCCACAACUACAACAUCAACUCGGACGUGGCGUACGACACGGCUCGUUGGAUUCUCAUCGACACCAUUGGAUGCGGUCUCAAGGCCCUCGAGUUUCCUCAAUGCAAGAAGCUUCUGGGACCCGUUGUCCCGGGCACCGUCGUCCCCAACGGCACACGUGUCCCCGGCACCCCUUACCAGCUUGAUCCUGUCAACGGUGCCUUCAACAUUGGCGCAAUGAUUCGGUGGUUGGAUUUCAAUGACUGCUGGCUUGCCGCCGAAUGGGGUCACCCCUCUGACAACCUCGGUGCGAUUCUGGCCGUUGCGGAUUGGAUCUCGAGGACGAACCGCGCUGGCGGCAAGCUUGGACACGGGAAGGUGCUCAAGGUCAAAGACGUCCUAGAAGCUAUGAUCAAGGCCCAUGAGCUGCAGGGCGUCAUGGCUCUGGACAACUCUUUCAACAGAGUCGGCUUGGACCACGUCGUCCUGGUCAAGGUCGCCUCGACUGCCGUCGUCUCCAAGAUGCUGGGUCUUUCGGAGGGCCAGACCAGAGACGCCAUCUCCCAGGCAUGGGGCGAUGGCCAGUCCCUGAGGACUUACAGACACUCGCCCAACACCAUGUCCCGGAAGUCUUGGGCGGCUGGUGAUGCUUGCCAGAAGGCUGUGAACCUGGCCCUCAAGGUCUUGAACGGCGAAGGCGGCAUGCCGACGAUUCUCUCGGCGCCCACCUGGGGCUUCUACGACGUCAACUUCAAGGGCGGAAAGUUUAGCUUCCAGAGGCCCUACGGCAGCUACAUCAUGGAGAAUGUUCUCUUCAAGGUCUCUUACCCUGCCGAGUUCCACUCCCAGACUGCCGUUGAGGCCGCGGAGCGCAUCCACAAGACGCUGAAGGAUAUGGGCAAGUCGGCCGAAGACAUCGAAUCCGUGUCGAACCGCACGCACGAGGCCUGCAUCCGCAUCAUCGACAAGCAGCUCAAGCCGAUGGACAACUUUGCCGACCGCGACCACUGCGUCCAGUACAUGGUGGCGACGAUGCUCGUCUUCGGGCGCCUCGAAGCGACCGACUACGUCGACGGCAGCGAGGCAGCGACGUCGCAGCUGCUGGAGUCGCUGCGCAAGCGCAUCUCGUGCGUCGAGGACCCGCAGUUCACGCGCGACUACCACGACCCGGAGAAGCGGACGAUUUCGAACGCGCUGACGGUGCGGCUGCGCGACGGCACGACGCUGCCCGAGGUGGUGGUCGAGGCGCCACUGGGCCACAAGCUGCGCCGCGAGGAGGCGAAGCCCCAUAUCAUGGCCAAGUUCCGCAGGCACUUGGGGCCGCACUUCAAGGCGGACAAGGUGGAUGAGUUUGUGCGGCUGGCGGAGAACCAGAAAGAGUUUGAGGCGAUGGAUGUCGAUAAGUAUGUUGAUCUGUAUGUGAGGGACACGGUCGUGUGAGCGACUUGUGGUACUGGUGGCUUUGAGGCGGGAUGAUAGGCGCGUAGACCGCGAUACCUGGUGUAGUUAUGGCAGUGUUUGAAUAUGAUUGAUGGUCUGAGUGAGGGAGUGAGUGAGCGAGUGAGAAAUGAGUGAGCAAGCAAGUGAGUGUAUGACCAAGUACCCGCAUAUGUACUCCUAGAGCAAGCGUUCAUGGGAUGGGAUGUAAAGUAAGGU